AUUUCGAAAUUGACAGUUCGUUGUGGAAAGAUUUAUAUUGAACGAAGAGUUAAGCAUUGCAAGAAUAAUUUAUGCCUGCUGAAGCAAAAAUGGCUGACUUAAGAGACACAUCAGAAGCUUUGGGGUUGCCAGCAGAGGUGAGCCAGAGCCAGAGCAAGGGCCCUAAGAUGGGGCGAAUAAUGGACUCUGUGAAGAAAGCCCUGUAUAUUAUGGGUUCAUGCCUUCUGGUAUUUGCUGCUGCUCGAAAUUCAUUUCAUUGGCAAAUCCAUCGUCUGUGGGGUGCCACGGGAAGUUUCUGGCAGAGCUGCUGGGAUUACAUGUACACACACUGGGGAAAGGAGAAUGACUUCUGGUUCUGCUGUAUUGGAACAUUUGUAGUGACACAAGGAGUGUUUUGGCUUGGCAACAGUUUCUUUAUGCUGUUGGAUGUCUAUGGUGUGCCAGCAUGUCUACUCAAGUACAAAAUACAGGAGGAUGUUAAAGUGGAAAUGCCGAAACUGUGGAAGGCAGUCAGACAGGUGGUGUUCAACAUGCUCGUUGUGGGAGUGCCGUUUAUUUUUGUGGCAUCCUACCUCUUCCAGUUACGAGGAGGGUCGUCGACAAUAGGCGGGGAGCUGCCAACGUUCACCUGGGUCAUGCUGGAGAUUCUUAUAUUCUCCUUUGUGGAAGAGUUCUGCUUCUAUUACUCACAUAGGCUGCUUCACCACCCUCGACUGUACAAGCACAUCCACAAGCUCCACCAUGAGUGGACGGCCCCCAUAAGUAUUGUUGCCGUGUAUACCCACCCAGUGGAGCAUGUGAUCAGCAGCUUUCUCCCGCCAACCCUCGGGCCCCUCAUCAUGGCCUCACAUCUUGCAACUGCAUGGCUGUGGUUCAUCCUGGCAUUCCUGUCAACGACGAUCUCUCACUGUGGCUACCACCUUCCUCUCCUGCCUUCACCCGAGGCUCACGAUUACCACCACCUCAAAUUCAACCAAAAUUUUGGAGUGCUUGGUGUGCUGGACCGUCUUCAUGGGACAGACAUCCAGUUCCGUGCCAGUAAACAGUACCAGCGCCAUGUCAUGUUGCUAAAUACGGUUCCCCUGAAUUCCCAGUACCCAGCAGAACCCAAGAAAAACCUGAAUAAGCUGGGAACCUACAACAACAUUUAGGGUAGAUUGGUUCCCCUUAAGAACCAGCAAAUGCUAUGAUUAUACGAGUAAAUUGAUGACCAGUGGUGCAUUUGUCUGCAUUAUUGAUGAACUGGUUUGACAAUUUAACAGAGUUAUUUUGCAAGGUUCAUGUACCUUAACAUUAUAUCAUUAAGUAUAAAUAGUUGUUUUUCUGGUGGAUAUAAAUCUGUGUUUAUGUUCUCAGUAAAUUGGACAUAUAUUUUCUUUAAAUUAGCAAUGAAAUGUUUGAAAGAUAUAAAAAAGGGGUAUAUUGUUAUUGUAGUUUCUGUUGUUUUGAAAUAUUGUAGAACCUGUUGUUGACAUUAGCCAGAAGUACAGUGUAUGUCUCAUUUAACUUUGCGAACACACGUGUCUGCUUAAUAGAGUGUUUACAGUUACGUGUACCAGUCUCAAAGUCUCUUUAAUAGUCUGCAUACAACAACUACAUAUUCAUUUGUUAACAUCAGAGAAAGAAUUUAUAUAUAAUAAUAUUUACUGUCUUUUCAUAAAUAAUAGUGUAAGACAAAUUUUACUUUAGUAGGCAUUGGUCAAUUUGGAAUAAACUAUUUAACCAAUCUGUUUUUUUGCUUGACAUAAAAGGGGCCAGUAUUAAUACAAAGAUUUUGAUUUUGAUACAUAUUUACCAGGCUAAGAGGAAAUGCUAAAACAGUUUCGAAAGACUUAAUGGCUUUAUGUGUAUUGAGCAAUGGUAUACAUGUAUGUUUUGUAAAUGUGACCAUGACUAUUGUAUUUACUAGAUACUUACAUUAGCUAUGCUAUUAUGGUGAUCUUGAAUGCCAUGACUUAAUGUGGUUUUACUUGCUGUUAGGAUCUUUUAUUUUCUCGAUAUAAGAAGUUGUUCUAUUUAGUACACACAUCCUUAACUAAAAUAGUCUUAUUGAAUACUUUAUUAAGUAUGUUUAUGUUUCAUUUAUUGCAUUUUGUUUGACUAUCUCUGUAUGUCUUGAUUUCUUGAUCUCAUUUUGCUGAUGUUUUUUGUUAGCAUGCUUUAGUUUAAAAUCAAUUACAAUUGUAUUUAUGUGUCUGAAAAUGUAUAGAAAAUCCUUGCUGUGUGAAAUACAUGUUCAAGUGAAUCUCCUUUCGCUGCAAUUAUAUUUUUUAUGUGUGUAGAUAAAACAUUUAUUGUUGUAUAUGGAAUGUCGUCAAGUAUUUCAUGUGAUUCGCCAAAAAAACAUGUAUUUUAAACAGAAGACAUAUAUUUUCAUCAUAUUUAAUCUAGAUUUGAUAUGUUGUUCACUGUUGCACUGUUUAUUCUACACUUUUCUCCACAUAUUAGUCUGAGAAUACAUAUAAUCACAUUUAUAGCAAAUAUAUUUUUCAGCAGGGACAGUUGACAGGAUUGUUUCCCAUUGAAGAAAACAUCCCCUAGUCAUAUUAUACACAGUGGGUAUUCUACAUGUAUUUAGCAUUGCUGUUUGGAUAAAGGUUGCCUCACCAUCAUUAAUUAAAUCUUCGAAUAAUAGUAUCUUGCCUUUACGUUGUGUUAUCUUUUGUUGCAAACUAGGAGUAUAACAUUGAUUGUAGACAUUUAAAGCUGCAUUCUCACAGAUAUACCAUAUUUACAACUUUUUUUAAUAUAAAUAUCUGCAGUCUAAUGUUUUAAGAGCGGUCUUAUAUAACUGGUUUCCAUGGAUUUUCGCAUAAAUUGGCUCGUUCCAAGACAAAAAAUAAAACGGAUGUCAAAACGUUCAAUCUGUGAGAGUGCAGCUUUAAAACAAAUAAUAUACUUGAUUUUUAUUUUAAUUCAAAGAUGUUGAUAUUUGAAAUUUAUAACAUUUAGAGGUGUACAAAUGUACUUUAUGUUGAUGCUGGUCCAUAGUUAAAUAUUUAAAUGAUAUGUUCCAUUGUUUUGGAUCUGUUGCUUACCUCUUUAAUUCUUAAUUUGAGACUGCUUCAGGUAUUGUAAUUUAGUCUGUGAUAUGAUGUUGUUGUGUUAUUUGUGCUUUUAUGCCGAGAUCAAUGACAUCAUCAGAACUCUCAUACAGCACUCGACCCUCGACCACCUGAAGCUACUCACUGCGCAAUAACUGUUUAGGAAGUACAUGUAUAUACAUGCAGCCUAAUUCUAACUCUCCAUGCAGACAUCAAUGACAUCAUCAGUGCUCUCAUACAGCAGUUGACCCUCGUCCACCUGACAUUACCCACUACACAAUAACUGCUUGGAAAAACAUAUAUAUACCUGCAGCCUCCUUUUCACUCUCCAUGCUGAUAUCAAUGAUAUCAUCAGUACUCUCAAACACCAGUCAACCCUCAUCCACUAGAUUUUCAUUAUCAGCAAUUCCCGCCAAUGACUGGAAAGUAGAAAAAAUGGUGUGUGUUUUAUUAAGUCCCCGUCCCAGUAUCUUUUAGUAAUGUAAAUGUAGUUUGGGGACAUAUAAUUAAAUAACCAAUGUGCCCAAAGGUUUGUAAAAAUGGUAGAAGACAUAAGAUAUUUUUUUGGUAUCUUGAUGUUUCUUUUUUCUUUAAUCUCUUAAUACAAUUACAAUGUAUUUGUUCAUGACGGUUGCUUUUUAUCAAAGAUAUUUUAUAGUUUUAUUUUACAAUAAUAAUGUUGGCUGGUCCAUUUUGAUCACGUGACUCUCCAUGGUCACACAACAUUGAAUUUUUUUCCAAACUGACGUUGCUUGGAAAGUUGUGUUUCCACAAUAAAAAAAAAACUGUAGCCAGA